UCAGGAUGUCAUAUACAACAGCAUUCAUAAUGGAAGCUCAGAGGCUUGGGACUUUGGUGCCGCUCGGUGUCCCUCCCGUCGCCAAUGCGGACACCGAACUUAACGGUUUCCUCAUACCCAAGGGUACAAUGUUGCUGGAGAACAUUUGGUUGUGCCACUUCGACGAAAGGUACUGGGAAGCACCGAACGAGUUCAGGCCAGAGAGAUUCCUGGACGAGAAUGGGAACCUGCGAAGCAAUGUACCCAGCUUCCUUCCUUUCGGACUCGGAAGGAGGCAGUGCAUCGGGGAAUCUCUGGCCAAGAUGGAAUCGUUUCUCUUCGUGGCGAUAUUCAUGCAGAAGUUCUCAUUCUGCGUUCCUAAAGGACAUCCGAUUUCUUCCAAAGAGGGCGACGGGAGCUUCAUCGUCAACUGCCCGAAACCCUACAAGUUCAUCUUGAGGGGACCAUGGGGAGUACCUAUCCUGGGCUACGUGCCGUUCCUCUUCGGUCGCAACAUACUCGAGAAAUUCCAUCGCCUGAAGGUGAAACACGGCGACCUUUUCCACGUGAACCUAGCCGGGAAGGACGUGGUGGUCCUCAACGAAUGGCGCCUCGUUCGGGAGGCAUUCGGCAGGCCUCAGUUCAGCGAUAGGGCCGACCUCGUCUUCCUCCGGCUUUUCUCCGGUGGAAACAACGGAAAGCAGUUCGAGCACGGCGACCCCGAACUCCAGCAAUUCCUGGAUCGGCUGACGGUGGUCAAAGAGGAUUCAUUCGCUCUGGGGCCUUUGCAAGUCGCGCCCGGACUCCUUUAUUUCUGGCCGUCCGUCAACGCGGCCUAUCGGCGCUGCGUCCGGAACGUGCCCAAACUCCUUAGGAUUUUUUCUAAAGAAAUGGAAGAGCACAAGAAAUUAGACAGAGAAGACUCACCGAGGGAUUACAUCGAUGCGUAUCUGCAGAAGAUGAAGUCGGUGGAAGAAAGGGGCGGGCACUCCAACUUCACAGGUCAGCAGUUGUGCGUGAACGUGUCCGACCUGUUUUUCGCCGGGAGCGAGACGACGACGAACACGAUCCGAUGGUGCGUCCUUUUCCUCCUUCGACAUCCAGACGUGCAAAGGAGAAUCCAAUUCGAGGUGGAUGAAGUGGUGGGUCGGUAUAGGACGCCAUCCCUCCACGAUAGGCAUCAAUUGUCUCAAAGAAUCUGCGAUGAUGCUAUUUUCAGGAUGCCAUACACAGAAGCAUUCAUAAUGGAAGCUCAGAGGCUUGGGACUUUGGUGCCGCUCGGUGUCCCUCAUGUCGCCAAUGUGGACACCGAACUUAACAGUUUCCUCAUACCCAAGGGUACGAUGUUGCUGGGGAACAUUUGGUCGUGCCACUUCGACGAAAGGUACUGGGAAGCACCCAACGUAUUCAGGCCAGAGAGAUUCCUGGACGAGAAUGGGAACCUGCGAAGCAACGUACCCAGCUUCCUCCCUUUCGGACUCGGAAGGAGGCAGUGCAUCGGAGAAUCCCUGGCAAAGAUGGAAUUGUUUCUCUUCGUGGCGAUAUUCAUGCAGAAGUUCUCUUUCUGCGUUCCCAAAGGACAUCCGAUUCCUUCUAAAGAGGGCGACGGGAGCUUCAUCGUCAACUGCCCGAAACCCUACAAGUUCAUCUUGAGGAAUAGAUCCUACCCCGAGGAUCGAGUUCACGCGUGAUGGAUAAAAGGAAGAAACGCCAC